CCACAUUCGUGCCUUUUCAUCCCUUAUCCACCAUCCCGUCAGCUCCCUAAGCGAACGCUAAGAAAACUCUUUUCAGUCACGAAGCCCCGUAAAUACAAGCCAUGGUCAAGACUCUCGACAAAGCUGGCGUUUCAACACCAUCCAAUUCGGUGAAACGGAAAAAGGUCGACGAUGACGACUCAAAUCCUGCGUCCAAAAAGAGAUCUCGGGUCAGCUUUUCGUGUGGGGAAUGUCAUCGUCGGAAACAGAAGUGUGAUCGACAAGUGCCGUGUUCGCAUUGCGUAGCCAGGAAGGUGCCUGAUCUAUGUAAAGCCUACACGCCGGGCAAAACUGAGCAAGACAUCAGCGUGCGACUAGCGCGGAUAGAGCACAUCAUCGAAAUGGCACUCCCACAGUACUGUAUGCCGACCACUCCCAACUCAUCGUUCGACCCCCAUAUAUCUGAGUUUCGGCAUACUGCUCUUGAGGAAGACAACCGCUCUCAGCCGGAAGAUCAGGAUCCCAGUGGAGGAACGUUUCAGAGCGGAAAGUGGUACGGUAAUAGCGCCUCAGGUAGCAUUGCUCCUGCGACUAUCCUCGAACAACUGCAAAAUGCUUUCACAUCCACGGACACUGAAGACAAGCGUCUUCACCGUGAUACCAGACUAAACGAUAUCACGGUGAAUGGGUCGGGCCAUCUGUCAGCUACUGCUAUCGUUGGUUCAGAACUAGAGCCAACUGCUGCGGAUAACCUGAAAAAUCUCGUACAAGAAUGUGGAGUCUCUCCCCACAAGAUAUCAGAGCUUCUGCACGAGCUUCCACCUCUCAGGACAUCACAGGUGCUCAUUGACUAUUAUUUUAAAUCAGUUAAUUGGACCCGCUAUCCUAUAUCCGAACGCGACUUUCGCGACGCUUAUAGCUCCAUAUACAACGGAGGAGACCAUGGGAUAUCAGCCACAAAUCCUCAUGAUGUUCGAUUCCUACCGUUGCUUUUCGUCGUUCUCGCUAUCGCUGUGAGACUUGCGCCUGAGGAGGUGUCUGGGGAUGCAAGGACCAGAAGAGUUACGUCUCUAAGAUACUAUUGGUCUUCGCGGAGGUCACUCCUAAUCGCCGCUGCUAUCCAACCAGAUUCGUUAGACAUCGUGCUAACUCGACUUUUGAGUGCUCGAUUUUUAACUUUUGACCGCCGUAUAACCGAGUGCUGGAGUCAACUAGGCGCUGCUGUUCGGACUGCGCAAGCGCUAGGUCUACAUCGCGACGGUGCUUCCAUGGGUAUGGAACCUCAUUUGGUCGAAUAUCGGCGCAGAAUAUGGUCAUACCUUUACCAUGCGGACCGCUCGUACGCUCUUGUCCUAGGACGACCAAAUUCUAUUCAGGAUACAUACACAUCAACCCUCCCGCCUUCGAAUAUAGACGACGAAUCUUCGAGUCGGCCUACUCCUCUUUCUUCACCGACACCGAUGACCUUUGUAAUCCUGAGGCAUCAGCUGGCUUCGAUCAUUGGUCGAAUUGCUCAUCAUUUCCAGCAAGUUAAACCUAGUCAUUAUUCCGAAGUAACGGCUUUAGACGACGAACUCUUAAAUUUCAUCGCCAACCUUCCACCGCAUUUUGCUCUCGAACCUGACCGCUCUUUGGACGAAACCCAUACCUACAUUCCCGUCCAUCGUUAUCUUCUCAUCACCGAGAUUAUGUUCGUAAGGACAAGUCUCCAUCGACCAUACAUCCUCAGGCGGCUCAGUUCUGACCGUUAUGCUCGUUCACGGGAAGCAUGUUUCGAAUCGGCACUCAAAGAUUUCGAGGUUCGACAGGCUUUCCGAGAAGUCCAAUCAAAGGAAGUCCGAGAUUCCCUCAGUAAUGCGUAUAGAGAGUUCCAGACUGCUAUGAUUAGUGGAAUCUACUUGGUCCUUCAUCCAUCGGGGAAGGAUGAGGCGGCUAUGCAUGCCAUCCUUGAUUCCUUCAUGAAGGAACAUGAAGGCAUUCGGGAUGUGGACGAAACGACCCGACGGGAGCUGAAGACCAUAGAAUUUUUGAAGAACAAGGCUUCCCAGCGGACUCUGCCCACUGCGAUAGGAUCUCUACCACCGAACGAUCCUGCACACCUGUUACUAGGUCUACAGCAGUCUUCUACGCCACAUCCUCCUCCAUUCCCGUCACUCUUGAACUUGCCCACUGCUUCCUCGCCGCGAAGUCCAUAUGCGACACAUAUAAAUCAGUCUCCCACGUUUCAACGACUGCAGAGCGCUUCGGGAGACUUUGAAAACUCGCCGACGGCCUCUGGUAGUCCCAACGGCGAAGAGGACUCCGCUGCACAGUCGUUGUUAGACCAUUGGUGUAAUGCGAUCAGCGCGCCGUUGGAGGGAUCCAGCUCAGCCGCUUCAUGGGGCGGACUCCCCGGAAACUUCGCUGGUUGGGCGGGGACAACAUCGACGUUAGUUGGAGCGCCGGAUCCUCGCAUUUUGGCUGGUAUCGACGGUAACGAAUGGAAUUAUUGGGAGACGUUAGUCAACCAGAUUCGAGGUCCUGCUCCAGGAUCCAGUUAAAUGAUAGGCAUUUGACAUGCCGUAGAUAUAUAGCCUCGCACAGUUUAACUUCCAUUUUUGUUUUCUUUGUACUAUCGAUCGCCUAGAAGUGUAAACGAAAAUGUCGACCCGUAGCACUUCAUUCAGUUUUUGAUUGUUCCGCCUGUAAUUUUAGACAGCGUAUCUUUCUAUAUUGAUCUUUGAUCUGAUUAUUGGAUUUUUUGGUCAAGUCUGGAGCAAUACCGGAGGGGUGGGUCGAAAUAGCAGGGAAGUGC